GCGGUGACGCAGUACGGCGGCCGGGAGAGGCCGGCAGGCAGGCGCCGCCGGGGCAGCGUGAUCGUCUCGUCCGGCGGGAGUGACUUUGGGCGCGACCGCACCCGGGAUGGAGCCGCUGGAUCGCUGCGCCCGGCCGCUGCGCGCCGUCCUGGUGCGGAGCUCGAUGCGGCUGUGGCUGCCCUGGGGCCUGCUGGGCCUCAUGCUGGGCGGCUCCCUCCUGAAGGCGCUGGCGCCGCUGCCCGACUCCUACCUGAGCAGCAAGCGCAACCUGCUCAACAUCUAUUUUGUCAAAUUGGCCUGGGCCUGGACGUUCUGGCUGCUGCUACCCUUCAUUGCUAUCACCAACUACUAUCUCAGCCGAAAUGUCCUGGGGGUGCUGCGGCGUCUCGGCACCUUGCUGGUGGGCACCGUGGUUUGGUACGUCUGCACUAGUCUCUUCUUGCGCAUAGAGGAUUUCACUGGCAACUGCUACAAAUCGCCAGCACUUGAUGUGCUGUUCCAGGAGCACCCCAGCAAGUGGCAAUGCCGCCAGGGUGGUGGCUUCUGGAAUGGCUUCGACAUCUCAGGGCACUCCUUCCUCCUAACAUACUGUGCCCUGAUGAUUGUGGAGGAGAUGGCUGUGCUGCACGUCCUGAACACUGACCGGAGCCCAAGAUUACAUGCAGUGGUCAAUGCCCUGUUCGUUGCCUUGAGCUUUCUGACCCUGAUCUGGGUCUGGAUGUUUUUUUGCACUGCUGUAUAUUUCCAUGACUUCUCCCAAAAAUUGUUCGGCACCCUAGUGGGUCUGUCAGCCUGGUAUGGAACAUACAGGUUCUGGUACUUGAAAUCCUUUUCUCCUGGACUUCCUCCCCAAAAUGCUAGCUUGAGUUCAAAGAAGCCUAAUUGUAGCAGAUAAAAAUUUCUGUAAUUCAGAUUUUGUUUUAAAUACAGGAAUAUUAGUUUGUCCAAUGCUCCAUUUUUUUUUUUUUUUUUAAAGAGCAUAUUUAAGGGGAUGGGAAGAAAGGCCAAUAGUCUUUACAGUCUGAUGCCUGGCUUGUGGCUAUGGUCUAGUUCCUGGUGAGCAAAUGUUGAUAUCACAGAACUGCGUACCGUGAUUGGGUGUAAUUGGCUACCUAACUGAAAUCUGAGCAAAGAGGCCAAGGGUUGGAUCCAGCCUGGAGACUGAAUUCUCUUCUCCCUUUCUGGGGGUCCUGCUGGGGCAAGCUUGAGGCCCAUUGGCAAGGUGCUGUAAAGAAAGCCUGCACUGCUACUACCUAUGCUCACUCUACCUGUUCUGUUGAUAAACAGAGGAUCCAGGAUUGGCAGAGAUCUUCAGUCUUUAGGGCUAUCAACCCAACACCUUUCAGUGAUCUGAAAUUCAUCAUUCUCUUCCCCAUCCCCAUCAUCUUUUUUUAAGAUAAAAUAUUUCACAUGGUCCAAACCUUGUGCUCGGUUUUAAUUCUGACUUUUUGAAUACUCUAGUUGUGAUCUUUACAAAUGUGCCUGGGGCAGUGUAAUGGUGCUAACUAGUGCAGCAGACUUUUAAUUGGCAAUCAAAAUGCACUUAUUAAAGCAGAAUGUAGCUGGGUUGUGAAACUGGAGCACCUCACAUUCUUAGACUGUUAAAUACUUUCACUUCCCAUAAAUUUUAAUUGGCCAUCUGUAUAUUCAGCAGCAAGAAGAGAGACUUUGCUUUUUGCGACCCAAAGCCUAAUGUUAGGUCACAGCUUUAAAUUGACUCCUCCUCUCAAUCUUUGGAAAUGAAAUUCCUAAAAAAUAAAUUUUAUUGCUUCAGAUGAUGAUAAAAAAUUCGAUUUGCCCCUUUAUUCUUAACACUAAUUGUAAAAAUAGCAAGAUGGUAUGUUUUGUUAAAAUGUAAUAAUAAGAUGACUCCUCCCAGUUCUCUGUUAAUUGGCUUGUACAAAAAUGUUAAUGAUUUAAAAGAUUUUUUUUUUUCAGAUGUUAUAAGUUUCAAAUUUUGUAUUUGCAUUAAAAAAGCUCUGUUUGAUGUGUUCCUUUCAGACGGACGCCCAGCGGAUUUCUGGCCUCAUGUAACAAGUGCACUGGCUGGACCCAUUAUAUCUUGAAUCAUUGUGUUUGUUAGGGGUUGUAUGUAAUAUAGCAUUUCUGCCAAGGGUACUGUAGAAAUAUGCUUAAAGAAAUACUUAUUCUUAUCUUUUUGUUGGCAUCAAUAAGCUAUUUUAACUGCAUACUAAGUUGUGGCAAAAAGUGGUAGCCAGUAAAACCCUAUUAUGAUGUACAAAUUGGGAUGUCUAUGUUCUGUCCUUCAUGUGAGAUGGACAUUAGCAUAAUUUUUAGUUUAAAAAUUGUAUCUGUUUUACAAAAGCCUUAUUCAUGUCAUGAGUAGACAAACCAAAAUCAGUUUCACAACAGUACUAGUGAGUCCAGCAGGCUAUCAAAAGCUUUUGGUAGCUCAUCUGUAUGUCUUCUAAACUGUAGCUAGUUCUAGUAGCACAGUGAUGGACCUAAUUUUCUACAUCACUUGAUUUUGAGUUGUGUUUUGCUGCCUUUAGGACAAGGGGUUCCAUACCCUGAUCUUAAUAUGCUCAUGUUGCCACCUUAACACUUCUUUCCUAGCCAGAGAGGGAGACCGUCCUGCAAAUACAAACAGGUUAAUUUCUCAUUUGGGGCCUGAUCCUUUGAAAUGCUGACUUCCCUCUGUUCCCAUUGAAUCAAGUGAUGGUUGAGGGUCCUCGGGAGCUCCCAGAAGGCACAAAGCAGAUCUCAGGAUCAGGCUGUCUCAUGAGAUUCCUGUGAGUAGAUGAAAAAUACAGCUUUGUGUUUUGGGUUGUUCUUUGGGUAUGUCUACGCUUUGAGCCAGAGGUGUAAUGUUCAGCUCAAGGAGACAUACCUGCACUAGCUCUGUUCAAGUUAUCACACUAAAAAGUGUAGGCAUGGUGGCAGGAGGUGGCAGCCACCCCGAGUACGAUGCUGUCCAGGCCUCUCUAAGAACAUACUCAGGUGGCUCGCUCAACAUGCUGCCACGGCUACACGGCAAUCUGAGAUAAUCUCUUCAAGCUGGAAAUUACAGCUCCAGUUCGAACUGUAGUCGGAUCCAUUGUGUCAAACCACCUUUCAGCUGCUUUAUUGGACACCUUGUCUACAUGAGAAAGUUUCAUCAGUUUAAUUUAAAUCAGCAUUUAAACUGAUAGGGUUUCACAUUAGUUUAACUAUAUGCGGACACUCUUAUUUUGGUUUAGCUUAAACCUGUUCCCAGUAGAUUUAAAGAAAACUGCUAAAAGCCCAGACUCCUCGGGGCAGACACCCCAAGAUCCCACUCUUUCCUGAACUGAUAUUUAUACUCCUUUAUACUGACAUGAGAGGCCACACUCGGGUUAUAUCAGUUUUACUGUAUCUGUUUAAAUUAUGCCGGUGCCACAUUCCCAUAUAGAUAAGGCCUGAGUAGAACCCCAGUAUUAUUAAAAACUAUGCAGUUAAACUGACAGGCUUUUAAAGCUUAAGUUAAAAUUAGCUUCCCCUCUGGAAAACACUGUUUUUGUGCAAUCUGUUUACAAAUACUUCCAUUCACUUAACCAGUGUGUCAUAGUAACUGUUUAUUAUGAUUAUUAAAAUUAAUAGCAUAGGAUAUGAAAAUGCUUGAAACUUUACUGUAACCUCAAUGCUAGUAUGUUAGACAAAUGUAACUGAUCAAAUUCACCUAGAGGAUAUACAAGGGGUUGUGUGGUUGAGGUUCAAUUUCUGGAGCCUCUAAAGAUAAAUUAAGGGCCUGCUGCUGCUACUUGUGCCCAUGUAGUUAAUGGGACUACUUGCAUUAGUAAAGACUACUCUGGUGAGUAAGUAUUGCAGGAUGAGACUUUUAAGUUUGUCAUUGAGAAUUCCUAUGGUAUUUGGACACAUCAGUAGGGCCCAAAUUUUCGAAAAUAUGAGGCACGAAAGUGUAUGAGCAAAACGAGCGUUCUAACGUGUGUCCACUGUGCAGACUGAUUGUGUAAUUGUCUAUAUAAAUACCCAUCUGAGCAAACUAUCUUAGUAAUACACCUGCGCUUUGUGCUCCUAGAGUGAAAACUUUGCCCCAUUGAAGUCAAUGGCAAAACUCCCACUGUGUGGCCUGGAUUUCGUUCCUAAUGUGUUUGAAAAUCUCACGGGUAGGUGUCCAGCCUCAGUACAGAGGCCACACGUUUACCAUUGACUCGGAGAGUUCGCUUGCUGCGUUCAGACAUUGGAACUUUUCUUUUGUGCCUUUUGAUCCUACCACAGGCAGAUGAUCUCGUCCUUUUCGUUUUCAAUGUUAAUCUAAUAGCUGUCUGUGGAAUUCAACGGCAGGAAAUCUUCUCUCCAUGUGUAUUUUUUUCUCUUUAUUUGGGGGAGGGGGGGCGGGUAGUUUAUAUUUACCACUGGAAUGAAAAUCCAGUCCCUCCACAUCAAGGGUAAAUUUGCAGCAGAGAAGAAAACUCCACUCUAAACAGCUGGAUUUGGUGUGGAUUGUUGCCAAGUGGACAGAUCUUUUCUUUGAACUUGCUGGAAAUACAUCUGGAAUUUGCAUGAGUUUUAAAAACUAAAACCUGGAAAAAGUAUUUGAGAGGACAAUAUUCAAAUCUUGCAGUGGAUGGUGAUAUGAAGCAAUUGUAAUCAUGAAAUUAUAACUCAUAACAGCCUUGUUUGACUUCCUGAAUUAAAGUCUCUUGCCUACAUUCA